AUCAAGAUCAUCCGCCGCCUCGAGCACGACAACAUCGUCAAGGUCUACGAGGUGCUGGGCCCCAAGGGCGCCCGCCUGCGCGGCGACUUCUUCAAGUUCAACGUGGUGUACAUCGUGCAGGAGUACAUGGAGACGGACCUGGCGCGGCUGCUGGAGCAGGGCAAGCUGGCCGAGGAGCACGCCAAGCUCUUCAUGUACCAGCUGCUGCGCGGGCUCAAGUACAUCCACUCGGCCAACGUGCUGCACCGCGACCUCAAGCCGGCCAACAUCUUCAUCAGCACCGAGGACCUGGUGCUGAAGAUCGGCGACUUCGGCCUGGCCAGGAUCGUGGAUCAGCACUACUCGCACAAGGUGGGCAGUGCAGGGCUGGCCGGUACAGGAGGGCAGCACUUGUGGGGUGAUGUGGCUGGGCUGUGAUGGAUCCUCCAGGGGAACU